AUCUAUUUGAAGUGGCUUUGUAUAAAGUUGAAGAGUUGUCUUCGAGAGCUUUAUAUUAACCUGGAGUAGAUCAGCGUCAACAACUGCAAGAGGCCUUGUAGAACUAAGGAAAGCCAACCAAAAAAAAAUUCGUCAUUGCCUUGAGGAACUCCCCUUAUGGAUUCUACAGGCUGCGAGGCAGAGGUAAUGGAAGAAAAAGAAGGAAGUAGGAGGGCGAGUGAGGGAGAGAGGGAGUUAUUAUGGAUGGCAGGCAUAGCCAGCUGCAUUAAGGUCCUUGCAAUCCCUGCUUACCAUAGCACAGACUUUGAAGUGCACAGACACUGGAUGGCGCUCACCCAUUCCCUGCCCCUCAGCCAAUGGUACGCCGACGAGAGCAGCCCAUGGACAUUGGAUUAUCCUCCUUUUUUCGCAUGGUUCGAGAAGUUCCUCUCUGUGGCGGGUGCUUGGGUGGAUGCCCAUAUGGUGGAUCUGCAUAUGCUCAACUACAAUGCCCAAACUGUCAUCGUCUUCCAGAGGACAACUGUAAUCUUUGCAGAUCUCUUACUCUACUGGGCCCUGUGGAGGUGCUGCAGGAAGCUCAGCCUGGAGAAGCAGAGGCUUGUUUAUAUUGCUGUUGUUUGGUCGCCCGCUCUCUUCAUUGUGGACCAUGUUCACUUCCAGUACAAUGGAUUCCUGUUAGGGAUUCUCUUGUUAUCAAUUUCCUAUCUUCUCGAGGGAAAGGAUUUGAUGGGUGGAUUGCUAUUCGCUAUUUUACUGUGUUUCAAGCAUCUGUUUGCUGUGGCGGCCCCGGUGUAUUUCGUGUAUUUAUUGAGGCACUAUUGCAUAGGUCGUUACAGGGUCUUAAGGUUCUUUGCCUUGGGGGCUUCGGUUUUGUCUGUCCUUCUUCUGGCAUUUGGACCCUUUCUAUAUCAUAAACAGAUACCACAAGUUCUGAAGCGCUUAUUUCCCUUUGGAAGGGGCUUGUGCCAUGCUUACUGGGCUCCAAAUGUGUGGGCACUUUAUAAUACAGCUGAUAAAGUUAUUGCAUUUGUCCUCAGGAGGUUUGGUUUUGACUUUAAAUCUCCGACAGCCUCCUUGACUGGUGGACUUGUUGGUGAUUUCGCACCUUAUGUGGUUCUGCCACAGAUCACACCUCUGGUAAGUCUUCUGUUGGUGGUGCUGGGAAUGCUUCCAUGUAUUUUCCAAAUAUGGAGGCAUCCAAAACAACAGCAUUUGGUGCAGUGGAUUGCAUAUGCAUACAUGUGUGGGUUCAUGUUUGGAUGGCAUGUUCAUGAGAAAGCCUCACUGCACUUUGUUAUACCACUGAGCUUGGUUGGCAUAAAUGGUUUGAAAGAAGCAGUCCACUACAUGUUUCUGUCAAUAGUAUCUUGUUAUUCAAUGUUUCCGUUGCUUUAUGAAGACAAAGAAUAUCCUGUGAAAGUUGUCCUUCUCACUCUACAAGGAGUGGUUAUGUGCAGAAGCUUCUACCUCCACCUCAAUAAAGAAAACACAAGAGAACAUAAGGCUUCUGAUCUUUCACCAAGUAAGGAUGGACCGGUUUCACAAUCUGGCUUGGUUGCAAAAUUUUGCACUAAAGACAUUUUAAGGAAUAUAGAAUUGAGUGGAAAAAUUGGCCAAUCUUAUUUGUGGGGUCUGAUCAUUAUUGAAAUUUGGGAUCAUUUCUUACAUCCGUACCUCCUUAAUGACAAAUUUCCAUUCUUGCCUCUUAUGAUUCGAUCUGUUUACUGUGCGGUGGGAAUGUUUUAUUCCUGGAUAUUCCAGCUUUCUAGUCUUUUUGGUUCAACCUAACAUGUUCUUGGCAUGGGUAUAUGUACAAGGGACACUAACACUGCAAUUCAGAAACAACAUUCACAAUUUUGAAAACUCUGAAUUUAUUUGGACCUAUGUUUUUGUUGUGGUGUUAUCUAACCAGAGAGGCUCUCAUCCUGGUGGUGCCCUGGUAUUCUAUUAGUAUUUAUUAUAAAGUUGAAAAUAUGAUUAAUCUGAAAAAUUUGGUGA